UCUCUGCGAAGGUGCAUGGCAGAGCCUAUACAUGCUGACAGCCUGGCACUGCGGCAGCCCAGUGGGGAAGGACAACAAACAGCGUUCUCGGUUGCCUCUGGUUUAAACUGCCAGUAGCAGAGUCCAUCUGACUGGAGGCAGGCCCAGUGUGGAUAGCUGUGUUCUAACCAUCAGUCCUGUUGUGAAUUGAAGAUCAAACCUCAGGAUCAGGGUCUCCUAGAACUGAGAAUACAACUAUGUUUCCAAGAAGGAUCAUACCUGCUGGUAUUGCAUGCUUGUGCCACCACAUCCAACUUCAUCCAGGGUUCCGUGUAUGCCAAGCAAGCUCUUGAUUAACUGAGCUACAUGCUACGUCCCCAGCCUGAGAAGGGGCUCAUUUUCAACGUGGGGCAUGGCGGACAAGGAAACACUGCCGAAGCUUCGGGAAGACUUCAAGAUGCAGAAUAAAUCCGUCUUUAUUUUGGGCGCCAGCGGGGAAACCGGCAAAGUACUUUUAAAAGAAAUCCUGGGACAGAACCUGUUUUCCAAAGUAACGCUCAUUGGUCGGAGGAAGCUCACAUUCGAGGAGGAAGCAUAUAAGAAUGUGAAUCAAGAAGUGGUGGAUUUUGAAAAGCUGGAUGAGUACGCUUCUGCCUUUCAAGGUCAUGAUGUUGGAUUCUGUUGCCUGGGUACCACCAGAAGAAAAGCUGGAGCGGAAGGAUUCGUUCGUGUUGACCGAGAUUACGUGCUCAAGUCUGCAGAGCUGGCCAAAGCAGGAGGGUGCAAACAUUUCAACUUGCUGUCCUCCAAGGGAGCCGAUAAAUCCAGCAGUUUCUUAUACUUACAAGUAAAGGGAGAAGUGGAAGCCAAGGUUGAAGAAUUAAAGUUUGAUCGGCUUUCAGUGUUUCGGCCAGGAGUCCUACUGUGUGACAGACAGGAGUCUCGCCCAGGCGAAUGGCUGGCUAGGAAAUUCUUCAGCUCUCUGCCAGACUCUUGGGCCAGUGGGUACGCUGUGCCUGUGGUGACGGUGGUUAGAGCGAUGUUGAACAACCUGGUGCAUCCCAGCAGUGGACAAAUGGAACUUCUGGAAAAUAAGGCUAUCCUCCACCUGGGGAAAGACAGUGAUGUGCCCAAACUGUGACCAUGCUGGAGGACAUUGGUGAAAACCUCAGUGCCUGUCACCAAAUCAGUCAUUUUGGGCUCUAUAAAAAGUCUCUUUGUGGUCCUUUGUGGUGUCCCUCUCCUCAGCCAUGCAGCUCCGUCAGAAACUCUGCAACAGUUGUUGAGAGCCCCGUUGUUCAUGUAAGUCAUCCAGGAAGCUUUUGAAGAACAGGUUUAUAUCACAAAUCUAUACUUUGUUGGUUGCAAACAGGCUGGAGGUCCUGGUGCCUUCGGCUUCAGCUUUGAAGCACACCUUCAGAGCCACCUGAGCACAGGGGCCCUGGCACUCCAGGCAGGUGAGUGACGUUGAAGCUUGUUGGCAGUCUAGUCUCCUAGCAGUACGGUGCUGACAGGCUGCAUGUAGCCGUGUGAACACUGUGCCUUGAUUCUGUGUCAGCACAGAAGCUAUAAGACAAGCUUCUGUAAUUCACUGAGGAAUAAAAAUAUAUGGAGAAA